CUGGAGCCCUCGGGGCCCACUGGGCUGCACAACAAAGGGCCCACCUGGCAGACCCCUGGGGCCCCCUCUGAACUUUAAAUUCCUGUCAUGCGCAAAAAGCAGAAGUGAUGUUAGUGCAGUGAAAUGUAUGCGUACAAAAAGCCUGAAACAAGCGCAAAAGCAGGCCGGCAACGGGGUGGCCAGGUCUGGGCUGGCAGGACCCACCGUGUUUUUUCCCGCUGCCCAGUCCCACGCUGAGUAAAAUACUGGCCAGGUGGCAACCUUAUCUGUAUAUGUUGGGGGGCCCUAAAUGAAUUUGCUCUGGGGCCCAGUAAGAACUAGUUCCACCACUGACUGUAACUUUCAUCCAUAAAUACAUUUCUAAAAAAAAAAAAAAAUCCCUAAGGAAUGAAUAAAAAAAAGUUCUGUUGAGUUGUUGCUGUGCUAAAAACUCUGUCACAAGCUGAUGAAUGUGCUGCACCACAAUGUGGGCACCAUAGAGUUCUGUUUGCAGUGAAAGUCGGGCCGAAUUCUUCCUCCCAUCGCUAUCAUGAAAGUACCGCAUGGAAAAGUUAUUUUUAAGGAUCAGGUUUCUUGGUUCGACCCCCAGUGGAGGCGGCGGCGGCUCGAAAGCCUCCACACACUGAUGCUGGUGCCGUGAGUAAGUUGUUAGUCAAGGAAGGGAGUGGCCGUCCGUAUUUUAAGGCAAACAUAUGCCGCCCUGCUGUGCCUCCCCGCAGCCAGUCCCACAGCGCGUCCAUUCAGUGAACCGCCGACUCCCUCCUCUCAGCUGCAUGGACCCGUCCGAGUGCUCUGCUCUCUCCUGCCUGAUUCUCUCAUUCUCUCGCCUCCUGCGCGUCUCUUAACUCAACAUGAACUUCAUGAAAGUCGCUCUGCUGCUUCUCCUGCAAGUCUCCUAUGUGCUGGUGUACGGAGCGGUGAUUGGAUCGCGUCACAAUGAAGUGUUUAGUAAAGCCACCACGAGCGACUUUGCAGCGGCUGCGGAAAGUAUCCAGUACGAGGAUAAAAGGGUGUUCACAGUAGGAAACCACAUCGUUGCCUCGCCAAGGGCGGUAUCUCCCUCAAAGCCACUGAGCACAGAACGACAAAAUAAAGGUCAAAACUCAAGAGGCAAGAAAGGAAAAGGAAGGAAACGAGAUCCUUGUAAAAAAAAGUACAAAGAUUAUUGCAUUCAUGGAGAAUGUCGAUACAUCAAAGCAAUUAAGGCACCAUCCUGUGUGUGUCAAGCAGAUUAUCAUGGUGAGAGAUGUCAUGCACUUACCCUUCCAGUGGAAAAUCCUUUAAAUCCAUAUGAUCAGACCACAGUCUUGGCAGUAGUAGCAGUUGUACUCUCAUCGGUUUGUUUAAUUAUUAUUUCAUCUCUGCUAAUUUUAAGGUACCAUAAAAGAGGAGCUUAUAAUGUGGAAAAUGAGGAGAAAUUCAAACUUGGAAAUACUGCAUAAAUAUGAUUCCUUGCCUUUAAAACUGACGGGACAUCACAUUUGGAAUAGAAAAGUUACGGGUUGAUCUUUUUUUUUUCUGUUAAUGUCAAAUUUUUACCUGGAUUGAGUCCACACCUUUGUGACCUGAAUGCCACUGCCUGAGAGGACUGAAGACUGAAAUCGGAAUUCACUUAUGGACAGUUUUAAUAACCAAAGAGCGGAAUUGCAAUAAUUCAUACAACCCUUUGAAAUAAUAGAUGCAUCUAUGAUUAAAUUGGGUUUUAAUUUU